UGUCAUUUGGUUUUUCCCGCCCCCGCCGCCCGCCGCUUUGUGUCGCUGCAUUCUGUACUUGCAUUUUGUGACAAACAUUUCACGAUAUAUAUCUCAGUGAUCUUCGAGGAGGCCUGGACCACUGCAGCUGGUCAUGCCUGUAUGAAAGAUGGGAAAGAAAAGUAAUACCAACAGAAACAGUACAGAUAAAAGCGUCCUGGUGGAUGAAUCAUCAAAUGACGUAGAAAAUAAUGACUAUGGAAGUGAAGAAGAUGAUUUCAAACCUCGAAGGACUUUGCGGUCUAAAAGGUCGCAAAACGGGACUUGUUCCAAAAACCUGUCAUUUGAAGACAAAAUAAGGAAGACAUCCGCCGUUGCAGAGAGAGACAAUUCUAGUGAUGUUGUUGCUGCAUCAUGCAAGACACGAUCCAAAACUAAAGUAAAGGAAGGCAACACAGUUCAGACAGAAAGGCCAAGAAUUAGAGUGAAGAGUGAUUCUGAACUGGUUGAUGAGGAUAAAAUAACCCCACGCAAAUCUUCAAUGCAUUCUUCAGGCCCUUCUUCAAAUUUUUGUCCUAUCUGUCAAGUUCCUCUGAACAUUCUUAAAAUAUCUGCGGCAACACACACAGCUACUUGCAGUGUUUCGCGUGAAAGCAAAGAGUGUCCUGAUGGAAACCUCUGUCUGAAUUCCAAUAUGUUCCAUUAUAGAGAUUUUAAUCAUGAUAAACUAGCUGCUUUUCGAGUAUCUGAAGAAUACAUUGAGCCAGAUGUAAUUUUUACACCACAGAAGGCUAAGCCAAAGAACUCAACUCCAUUGAGAAACUCAUCUGGGAAAAAACGACUUGCAAAGUCACCAAUAGCAUCACAAGCUACCAAGAGGAAGGCAUCAGAGACACCCAAAACAAGUUCAUCUGACGAAAAAAAUGAACAGUUGCUGAAUCAGAAUACUAAUUGCAACAUGGAGCACAAAGUUGCUAGUGUUCCUAAAGAGCAGGAAAGUAUUUCUCCUAAUUCCGACAAUAAAGAACCAGAUGAAGCCGAGCAGCAAAACUCACAGGAUUCAGAAUUAGUGCAGCCUUCCUUGUGGUGCAGUGAUCUAGUUUUAAGUCCAGAUCCAGACAAAGCAGGGGAAUUCAGCCAUGAGCAUUGUGCUGUUGUUGGCAACUCAUCCUUGAGGAUUAAAGAUGAACCUGAAUCACAGAAUAGUCUUGAUGAAAAUGCUAAAGUCUCCUCUGCCACAAAUGCAAAUGUUGUUAUCCAUUAUGAUACAUCAAAGGAAAGUGACCAAAACCUUGUCAGUAACCAGAUGGCAUGCUCAGAGAGUUGUACGCCGGUUCAUGAACCCAGUGAAGUGUUACAAGCAAAUUGUUCUCUCAUUAUCAAAGCUAUUGGUGUGGACAAAAGAAAGGCCAUGGCCCAAAACCCUCUCUCAGUCACACUAGCAGUCAACAGUAGUGGGUGGGAGGCUAUUCAAAUCAAAGGAAGAUCAAGUACCACAGUUCAGAAAAUUGAAGUAUCACUAUGUGAAUGUAGCCACUUAAUGAGCAUUGAAUGCUGUGUGAAUAAUAGUCAAAUUUCAAGAGACUCAGAUUUGGACCCAAAUAAAAAGCAAGAAGAAAAGUUUUUUGCUACAAUGGGAGACAUGGGCUUGAAGCGCCAACUACCAGAGCAGGCCCUCACAACAGAUUCAUUUGAAAGAAAAAGUUUACUGUUGCAAAAUUGUAACCAAAUUACCAUAACUUCAUCUGAAGAAAACAUUAAUGAGAUGAACUCAAUGAAAGACACAGCCAGUGGAGAUUUUAGUGCUUCUACAUCAAGCAGAGGUAGUUGUGAACAGCCAGGCAAAGUAGUCAACGCUUUUACGCUGCUGAAGUCUGCCUGUUCCAAGAGAUCUGAUUCCUCUGGAAGCUCAACCCGGUCCGCACCCACACCAGUGCCAAUGGUUGUUUCUAAGGCCUCACGCUCAUCAUGGACUCUGGUUCCUGACAAUACAAAUUACAAUGCAGCCAACAAAAAAGUGCCGGGGUACAAGAAAAUACCAGAUACACCUUUUGUGGUAGAUGCAUUCAAUUACGGAGUGAUUGCUGGUGUAAAAGUUUACUUUUUGAGCCAUUUUCAUUCUGACCACUUUAUGGGUCUCAAAAAAAAUUUUAACCUUCCAAUAUUCUGCAGUCAAAUAACUGCAAAUUUAGUUAAUCUCCAGCUCAAAGUUGACAAAAAGUACCUAAAUAUUCUUAAAAUUGGAGAACCCCGUGUCGUUUGUGGUGUUGAAGUUGAAGUGUACGAUGCCAAUCACUGUCCUGGUGCAGUCAUGUUUUUAUUUCGUCUGUUGGACGGAAGAGUAUUUCUACAUGUUGGUGACUUUAGAGCACACCCUCGUAUGGAGGAAAACGCACAUCUCAGACGAGUGGAUAAGUUAUACCUGGAUACUACGUACUGUGACCCAUCAUAUGAUUUUCCAUAUCAAGAAGAUGUUGUGGAGAAGGUCAUAGAAACAGUAAGAAGCCAUCUUUCCAAAAAUAAAGCAACUCUUAUUGUUUGUGGGACUUAUACAAUUGGCAAAGAAAAGGUGUUCAUAGGCAUAGCUGAAGCUCUGAAUUGCAAAAUUUGGUGCUCCGGGGAAAAGAGAAAAAUUUAUAAUUGUUUGGAAGACAAGGUACUUUUAGAUAGACUCACCACUGAACCGCUUGCUGCUCAGGUUCAUGUUUUAGCAAUGAGGGAUAUUACUAUGGAGGCACUGCACCAAUAUUACAGUAAAUAUUGUAAUAAAUUUUCACAUAUUGUAGGAUUUAGGCCUACAGGCUGGACAACAUCUAAAAGCAUAAAUGGAAAACCAAGUGAUUUCCAGAAAAGCUCUCAAGGCAAAGUUACAAUUUAUGGUGUACCUUAUAGCGAGCACAGUAGUUUCUCAGAGCUUCGGCGGUUUGUGAGAUUUGUAAGGCCUUAUGAUAUUCAGGUUACUGUAAACGUGAGUAAGAGUGCAGAGUACAAGAAACUUUUUUCUAAGUGGUUAUCUAGUGAUAAUGAUAACAAUGGCCAAGCCAAAGUAUUACAGUAUUUCACCAAUGCAACAAAAAAGUGAUUCUAGUAAUAAGUUUUAACUGUCAGCCUUGCAAACAUUAUUCUGUAUUGUAGGCUUCUUAAUUGUAUUAUUGUUAUAGAUCUUCAGCACCCUUCAUCUCAUGAAGGUAUGAGGCUGUAGCUCAAUGUAACUUUACUAUGUCUCACUUCUUCAUUACUUCAUUACUGUUAAAGAUCUUCAGCACCCUUCAUCUCAUGAAGGUAUGAGGCUUUAGCUCAAUGUAAUUAUACUGUGUCUCAGUCAGUAUGCUUUGGUGUUCAAGUGUACAAAUGUGCCUCACAUGCCAUGUUUGUGCACUUUCAACACUGCAGUGUCUUUGCUACUAAAGGUAUUUACAAACAUGACCUGUAUUUUCUCAAAACUAAUGCGAUUUUAAGACUGAUAUAUAUGGUUUGUUUGUGUCAUACAUAUUUUAUACUCGUUUAUUUGAUACAUUUUGUUUAUUUUGAUGAGACAUUUGUAAUUUGUGGGACAUUAUUUUACUUUUAUAUCUUUUACAACAUGAUAAAGCUUCAUGAUUCCCUUGAAAGCGCUGACCAAAUACUGACCAAUAAGCAUCAUGUACCAAAGUCACACUGCUAUUGGUUCUGUGCAAUCUGUGCUACAGAUGAAGCCUUUGUUGGUUAUUCCCUCUGAAAUUGUGUUUCUUUUCUAUGUAAUUUUUUUUUUGUUUUUAAAUAAAGAAAACAAAAGAGA